AUGGAGCUCCUCACCAAAACUCUGAUUCUGUGCCUCGCUCUGACCCUCACAAAUGCAGACCUUUCUUUGUCAAAGGGAGGAGUCACCCACAUCGACAAGCAACUGGAUGCAGCAGCUGACGACGGUCUACCGCACCGGUGUGAUGAUAUCGAGUUUGAUGCCAUCACUCCUGAUGAGAAAGGAAUAAUGUACUUCUUCAAAGGGGCCCAUUUGUGGAGGGGUUUCAACGGUCCGGCUCAGCUCUCCAACGAGUCCUUCAAGGAGCUUGAUGACCUCCAUCACAUCGGCCACGUUGAUGCUGCGUUCCGCAUGCACAACGAAGAGAACGUGGGCGACCACGACCACAUCUACUUCUUCCUGGAUAACCAGGUGUUCAGCUACUACAACCACACUCUGGAGGCCGGAUAUCCAAAGGAGAUCACUGAGGACUUCCCGGGUGUCCCGGAUCAUCUGGACGCCGCCGCUGAGUGUCCCAAAGGAGAGUGUACCGCUGACUCCGUUCUGUUCUUUAAGGGACAUGAUGUGCUUGUUUAUGACAUCACCAAUAAAGAAGUGAAGACCAAGACCUGGCCCCAUCUGCCCAUCUGCACCUCGGCUAUGCGCUGGCAGGAGCGUUACUACUGCUUCCACGGACACAACUUCACCAGGUUCCACCCUGUCACCGGAGAGGUGGACUCAGGCUACCCCAAGGACGCCCGCAAAUACUUCAUGAAGUGCGCCGACCAUGACCAUCAAUCGCACCGGCAUGACGAUAUCGAGUUUGAUGCCAUCACUCCUGAUGAGGAAGGAUUAAUGUUCUUAUUCAAAGGGACCCACUUGUGGAGUGGUGACGACAUUCCGGCUCAGCUCUUCAACGAGUCCUUCAAGGAGCUUGAUGACCUCCAUCAUGUCGGCCAUGUUGAUGCUGCGUUCCACAUGCACAACGAAGAGAACGAUCAUAUCUACUUCUUCCGGGAUAACCAGGUGUUCAGCUACCACAACCACACUCUGGAGGCCGGAUAUCCAAAGGAGAUCACUGAGGACUUCCCGGGUGUCCCGGAUCAUCUGGACGCCGUCGUGCAAUGUCCUGAAGAAGAUUGCACCGCUGACUCCGUUCUGUUCUUUAAGGGACACGAUGUGCAUGUCUAUGACAUCGUAAAUAAGACAGUGAAGACCAAGUCUUGGCCCCAUUUGCCCAUCUGCACCUCGGCUAUACGCUGGCAGGAGCGUUACUACUGCUUCCACGGACACAACUUCUCCAGGUUCCACCCUGUCACCGGAGAGGUGGACUCAGGCUACCCCAAGGACGUCUGCAAAUACUUCAUGAAGUGCGCCGACCAUGACAAGAUUGACUUUGACCUUCUGAUCGCUGCCAAGUUGACUCUGAUCCUCGUUCAAGGGAAUCCCUUUCCUUGUCAGAGAAACUGGAACAACAAUGCGUACAACAUAUUUGUUCACCAACACAUCGUGACGUCCAGCUUCAACAGACAAUCGAAGACUGACUGGCAAGCGUACAUAAACCAACAAGGACUCUGCAACAGACCUGUGCAGACUUUCAUCGAGCAAUCGGAUCAGGGUCGCGUCGUGCAGAUCUGCACUGGCUCUGGCUACCAGGUGCUACAUGGUCGAAACUUGUGCAUCAGUUCUGGAUCCUUCUCGUUGUAUGAUCUCACAGUGAACAACAACUGCAUAGUUCAAACUCUAAAGCGCAGCACAAGACCUGUUGUUGUGGCAUGUGAUCUAAUUGUAAACCAGUGCCGUCCUUCCCAUUUUGAGGGGUACACCGGCCAACAGCCAAACAAUGCUGUUGUAUGCAGGUAUGUCAAGGUCUUGGAGGCUCAGUAGAUACUGGAUUCCAGUUGUCAGGCCCUGACAUCUAAAAGCUCCGCAAGUCUUUUUUUUUGCUCACGUUAAUCGUGUGAUUUUCCUCUUAAGCUACAUUUGAUUCUUUGUGAAACAUAUUUGAGCCUGGUCAUUACAGCAUCUUGUUAAAUUAGCAUGAUUACAUUCACAUGAAUGGAGGAAAUGUAAUUUGCAAAGCCUAAAAAUGUGAUAUUUCUGUCAAAAUCGCAUGGAAUAACAAAGUCUUUACAGUACAUUUACUUGCACAAUUCAGCCUGUCUCACGCCAACAGUGUCUUCCAACGAAAGUCCACUUCCUCAUUUACAGAAAAACAUCUGGUUUGUGUCGACACGCUUAUCCAGCAAUGAACAUAUAUUGGUUGUGAUCACAGAUCAGAGGAGCUUUAAAAGCAGGACUUCUAUCAGAGAUUCAGACAUCAGUUGGUAUUGAUCUCCCUCCAAUAUUUACAGUCCAGAAGCUGGCUGAUCAGAGCUGGUGAGACAUUCUCCUUAUCAAAUACAUAGUUUUACUAUAUUAUAUAAUCUGUUAUUGUUUUUAUGAUUUAUCUAAUGGUGUCUUUGUCUUCCUUCUGACAAAGUAAGUAAAGUAAAUUUAGGCUAUUUAUAGAACACCUUUUUGGAUCAAUUGUUACAAAAAAAGUAAAUGAAUUAAAUAUAUAAUUAAUAAAUGAAAGAACACAUUGUUAAAGGUUCUAUGUAUGAGACACCUGGUCCGUCUUUAGAGAAUACAAUAUAAAUAUAUCAGCAAAUAUUUAUAUUCUAAAUAUUGGUAAGGGGAAUAAGUGAUGCUUUAAUAAUUUAGGAUAUUAUGGAUGGCACAAAUGCAUUAUGAACCUUUUUUUUCUUGCUCACAAAAAUAAGGCAUACAUACCCACCGUAUAACAUUCCUUAUUUAAAUAUGUGUACUGAGGUUUAUGUAUAUGAAGAUUUUGCAGAAAUUGAUAUCUCUAUUUUGUUUUACUUUCCUAAAUU